GCGGGGCCGCCGCCGCCGCCUUUGCAGGUUGACCCCACUCUCUUGAAUUGGCUUGAGCUUUUUAAAGUGAGAGGAGAGCAUAUAUCACAUGAAUGACAUGGAAUUGGAAUUAGAUGAAGGCUGAGUCACCGCCAGAGAGUGGGAAGGGCAGCAGCAGCAGAUAAAAACCCCAAAGCUGAUAUCACACACUCCCAUUUCUCCGUGUUGGGGGCCAGCGGGGAGCCACCAUGAGCGAUGUCACCAUUGUGAAAGAAGGCUGGGUUCAGAAGAGGGGAGAAUACAUAAAAAACUGGAGGCCACGGUAUUUCAUUCUGAAGACAGAUGGCUCGUUCAUAGGCUACAAAGAGAAACCUCAAGACGUGGACCUACCUUACCCCCUUAACAACUUCUCCGUGGCAAAAUGCCAGUUAAUGAAAACAGAACGACCAAAGCCAAACACAUUUAUUAUCAGAUGUCUCCAGUGGACGACUGUUAUAGAGAGAACGUUUCAUGUAGAUACCCCAGAGGAAAGGGAAGAAUGGACGGAAGCUAUUCAGGCCGUAGCAGACAGACUCCAGAGGCAAGAGGAGGAGAGGAUGAGUUGUUGCAGUCCAACCUCACAGAUCGACAAUAUAGGGGAGGAGGAGAUGGAUGCUUCUGCAACCCAUCAUAAAAGAAAGACAAUGAAUGAUUUUGACUAUUUGAAGCUACUAGGUAAAGGCACUUUUGGGAAAGUUAUUUUGGUUCGAGAGAAGGCGAGUGGCAAGUAUUAUGCUAUGAAGAUUCUGAAGAAAGAAGUUAUUAUUGCAAAGGACGAGGUGGCACACACCCUCACCGAGAGCAGAGUCCUGAAGAACACGAGGCACCCCUUCCUGACAUCCUUGAAAUAUUCCUUCCAGACAAAAGACCGUUUGUGUUUUGUGAUGGAAUAUGUCAAUGGGGGCGAGGUGAGUGACCGGGCAACCCAGCACCGCAUUUGCAUGCUGUUUUUCCAUUUGUCGAGGGAGCGCGUGUUCUCCGAGGACCGCACGCGCUUCUACGGCGCCGAGAUCGUGUCUGCGCUGGACUACCUGCACUCGGGCAAGAUCGUGUACCGAGACCUCAAGUUGGAGAAUUUGAUGCUGGAUAAAGAUGGCCACAUAAAAAUCACAGAUUUCGGACUUUGCAAAGAGGGGAUCACUGACACGGCCACCAUGAAGACCUUCUGUGGGACCCCAGAGUACCUGGCGCCAGAGGUGCUGGAGGACAACGACUACGGCCGGGCUGUGGACUGGUGGGGGCUGGGCGUCGUCAUGUACGAGAUGAUGUGCGGGCGGCUGCCCUUCUACAACCAGGACCACGAGAAGCUGUUCGAGCUGAUCCUGAUGGAGGACAUCAAGUUCCCGCGCACGCUCUCCUCGGACGCCAAAUCACUGCUUUCAGGGCUCUUGAUAAAGGAUCCAAACAAACGCCUUGGCGGAGGACCAGACGAUUCAAAAGAAAUUAUGAGACACAGUUUCUUCUCCGGAGUAAACUGGCAAGAUGUAUACGAUAAAAAGCUUGUACCUCCUUUUAAGCCUCAAGUAACAUCUGAGACAGAUACCAGAUAUUUUGAUGAAGAAUUUACAGCUCAGACUAUUACAAUAACACCACCUGAAAAAUACGAUGAGGACGGCAUGGACAACGAGAACCGGCCGCACUUCCCUCAGUUCUCCUACUCGGCGAGCGGCCGCGAGUAGGCCCCCGCGCUGCUGCCUGAGACUCAUCCCGAGAUCGGCUGCGGGACCGCGGGCAGUGCAGUCCGGCCCCUCCCUCCGCGGGCGCCUCCAGACACCCCGACCGACCGACCGACCGACCGGCUGGCCGGCCCCGCCCUCGCCACCUCCACCCACCUGAGAACACACAUAUACGCAAAUACACUCGACUUUCCGUUUUUUUGCAUGAAAUUGUAUCUCAGUCUAAGGUCUCAUGCUGUUGCUGCUGCUGUCUCACUCUUAGAGCAACUCUCCGAGGCCGCCGCCCGGCCCCCGGGGAGCCAUGAGCCCACACGCCGCCCGUCCGCCCGCUGGCGCCUCCUGUCUCCCGGCCGUGGCUUCUCUCCGGCAGCGGAGGGUCAACGGGACACACGGACGCUAGGUACAUUUUUUUUUAAACUCUCUUAGCAGCUACACCAGAACCUAACGAGCCUGAGAAGAUGCAGUGUGUGAUUCAGAGCGAGCCGCGGUGGCAGGGUGGCCGUGUGCAGGCGCCGGUGCAGGAGAGCCCGGUGGCAGAGCAGAGCCUGACGCAGCCGGCGGCCACGGCCACGGCCACGGCCACGGCCACAGCCACCGGCCCACGCCCGUCAGGAACAUCUGCGAGGACUGCCCAGCGGGCGGGGUGUGGCCUCUCCCGGCGCCUGCAUCCACGUUCCCGUUGGAUCCCAUAGAGGAAGACAUGGUCGUCCAGGCCUCCCAGGCAGAUGGCAGAGGAACACGGGAGGAAGGAAGGAAGAAAGGAAGCAGAUGUGCAGCCGAGUCAAGGUCACUCCAAGGUCGCCGAUGGCACCGGCACCCAGAGAGCACCGCUCCCCUGGCGCCGGGAGACCGUAUUCCAUCGCCUGACCGACCGACCGCCUCUGACGGCUGAAGAAGGCAGGCGGGCGUAACGGUCCUGCUUGCCCCCACAACGCGUCCCCCGAGGCCCGCGGGCGCUCGCCGUGUCGGUUUUCCUUUUCCGUUGCAGUUCCGCGUGAGUUGGCUUUUCCUCCCUCGGACGUCAGACCUGCGAAUGUCCUCUCUGACUCUGUUCCUCUCGCAGUAGUAUUUAUUUUUUAGUGACGAGAAUCGCAGACGCAGCCCCGACGUCACCCAGAGCAGACGUGCCGCGGUUCCCUCUGCCCCGCAGGCGAGGGACAGGCCCACCGGCAGGACUCUGCGCCUUCCCUCCUUCGAGAAAGACGACUUUGACUUUGGCUUUGUCGAGGCUCCGGGACGGAACUCGCCCGGUGGGACCUGGUUCCGGGAGAAGAGACGCCGCCCGCCGACCCCUUGGUGCUAAGAACGAGAACAUCCCCAGCUCGCCCGCGCCCAGGGGGUCACGGCACAGACCGGGCUGCUGUCUGCUCCGCCGAGAAGGGAGGUGUCGGGACGGCCAGGCCGCCAGAGCAGAGACACACACGGAGUCCGGCGUGACCCUGAGUGAACCCACCCGGCCGAGUGGACACAUCGCACGUCCUGGCCACUGAGGCAGGGGAAGCUAAGAGCCGGUGUGUGUGUGUGUGUGUGUGUGUUCUGAUCAUGGUACAUUCAUCGCCGAAUCAAGCCAUCAGGGAAACAAAACAACACACAAAAGGAACACCUCCAGCCGUCCUCUCUCUGUAUAUACUCCCGUCCCCACGCUCCUCUGCUCCCACCGGCCGGGGGGGCGGGGGGGCGCGUAUGCAAACCUCAUCUUCCUCCUCCAUCGACGACGACGAUCUUCAGACUAAACCCUUUGGUGCUAGGAGCUGACCUUUUCCAAAGCAACGGAGGAGACCCAGGCCGGGGCCUCCCGGGGGGGCGAUCCUGGAGGCGUGUUUCCUUCAGUUCAGCUCUCUGAGCUCCCACACGGAAGGCCACGGCGUGACGCAGGCUGGCAACCGAGGGGCGGACACGGGGGGGGGCAGGCGAUGGCCGAGCGGGGUGCCUCAUACUCACACGCAGCUGUCUUAGCCGCGGCGCCGGGAGCGAGCGUGGGUGGGGGUGCGGACGGGAAACCACUGCCGGCGAGGGUGGGCCCGCUGGGACCGCCGGGGGUCAAAGGGCAUUUUCCUAAGGCAGCUAAGACAUAUUCCACAUAGAUGUUACCCCUGAUUUUCCAUAUCUCCACCUGAGUGAGGUCCAUCCUUAGUAUCGAGUAGGAAGUUGCAGUCUUCAGUAGUUCAUUCUUACACACACACACACCGCUCAACUUUUUUUUUUUUAUUUUUUUUCCACUUGGAAUUACGUUGAAUGUUUCACAUGGACAAGAAGGUAGACUAGAAGGUAUGUCUUGUACGUUGUCUUUGCAUUCAUUUGGUUAAAAGAAAAAAAACAACAACAACAACUACAGGUGAGAGGAAGGGGAGAGAGCUGGGACUGGCUGCCCACGGCCUGGGCUCCCUCCGUGGGAGGCAGGACUCCACACACUAAGCACAUCGGUAGCUUUCUUCUUGUUUGUUUCUUUCCAAACACGAAGGUGAUUCCCAUGACCUCGGCCAAGGUCGCGGCCUAGAGACCCGAGGCAGCGCUGACGGCGCCCGGGCUGGCCACUCCUCACCUCCGCCGGCCCCGGUCCUGCCGGUGCCCGGGCCCAUCCCCCCAGGUGUUCCCUUGGCCUUGAUCUUGAGAAUCACCCUUCCUCGGGCUCCCAGAUGUCAGUCAGCCGGCCGGAGGCAGAGCGGAGAGAGAGAGGGGGGCAUAGGCAGAGGGGUUCUCAUGGUUUGGAUUCCGCCCGUGGCCAGGCCCGAGCGAGCCCCGGAGCGGUCCUCAGCGCAGGUGGGACAACGGUGCGGGCGCCACCUUGAACUUGACGCCCGUGACCUCUGCCCCCCUCGGCCCCCGCAGCGUGGAGGCGGGCAGGGCAGCUCACAGCUUCGCUUCCCACGCGAUCGAUUGCACGCACCGUCCAGUACCGUGUCCCCCCUCCCGUCCCCACCGGGGGGGGGGGGGGGAGGGGGGGUUCUCUGGCUUCUUAAAGCUGACUGUUCUCUCGGGGGGGCCCCUUGCUUCUCCGGGGGACGGAGCAAGGACCCCCCCCCCCUCCUAACUGCAGGGUCUCCACACACCUCAGUGUCCACACUUUGCUGCUACUGUUCGUACCGUCUCGGUAGAAUCUCCUCAUCCUGCUCCUGGGGGUGGGGGGUGCAUUGCAGGCGAGCAUGAAAUGUAAAGUAUUUAUUUAAAUAAAAAGAGAACCUCUCCAUUGGCCGUCGAGUCACCUCCCCGUAGCGUUAGCGUCUGUGUGUGACCUCUCCUGACCUUGCCAGUUCUCUCGUUAGAUCCGCGAGGGAUCUCGUCGCCGGCGAAGGGUGUCGGCGGACGCCGUGACGAGCCCAAGGAACUGUGUCCUCCCCACAACUGUCGGUCACCCCGAAACCGUCUCUCCCUCUCCCCCCCCACCCCCCCCGCCCCGAGUCCACGGCCCACACGGAUGUGAACUGAGGACGAGGACCUGUUUUUGUACACUGUACAUCCUUAGUAUUUUUACACGUCUCGGCCAGGGGUGCCCGUGUCUCCCCCCCCCCCGUACAGACAGCUGAAUAAAGCACUGUGUCAAUCCGC